AUGAAAAUUUUUAACUAUAUAUGUGGGCGCCCCUUAAGUGGUGGAGCUGCUCCUCUAAUUUAUAACCCAGUUCGUAAAUGGUUAAUUAUUUUAAUGAUGUUAUAUAUUUGCUUAUCAAUUUUAUCUUAUGGAAUAUUUUUAUUUCCAAAAGCAUCCGAUUUACAAUGUUCUGCUUUAAUUAAUUCAUUAUUUAAUUUUUCUUUAUCAAUAGGUGUAUCAAACAUUAUGGCUCCUUAUUUUUCUAUAAUAAGCUGCAGAGAAUGGGGGACAGAACACGAAUGGGCAUUAGUAGCAUUAGUUUCAGCUGUUAUGGCAAUUAUAGAUGUUAGUUCUAGUUGUUAUGGUAUUUAUGUUCUAUAUACUAUUAUUGAUGUUAUAUUUGUUAACAUUUCAGGUAUACAUGGUGACUGUAAUUCUUAUAAAGCUGUACUUUUUUUUUCUGCAAAUUCCUUUUUAGUAGUUCUUCAUCUAAUUGUUGCCAUAGUUUGCACUGUUGUUUUUUUUUUAUUGAUGGCAGGAAUUGAUAAACAGUUGCAUGAUAUUAGAAAUACAGUUUAA